AUGGAAUCCACUGUAUUUAUUAUUUUCUCUGGAUUUAGCAUUUUAAAACGAAAGCACAAUUUUAAUCCUCUGCCUUGCCUUGAAUUCAUUUUAUCAGAUAAUUUAAAGAGACAGAAAUGGUUCAAAUGUACGUAUUCGCUCGGAUGUAAAAUAACAAUCAAGAAUUCCAAGUCAUCGUGGAAAGGCACAUAUAGAACAUUAUUAAAAAAAAUUCAUGAUUGGUUGGCCUUUCUUUUGGGUUGGUAUUUUGAAGGGACAGUUGUUCCUUUGUCCUGCCCAAUGCCUGAGUCCCGUGUGGCUGAAUUGCCCACACCCUAUGAUUGGCCUCGAGAUGUUAAUUACUACUAUUCUCUAUGGUCUCUUGCCAGUUUCCUUGGAGUCCUAUCAUUUAACUACUUCGUCGGGCCUCGUGUAUUUGAAAGAAUGUCUCCUGCUUACCGUCGUCUUACACCUCUCCAGAGACUGGAGUGGAAUUGUCGGCACAGAUUUCUUUUUGGAUUAUUUGAACUGACGUUCGUGUUGUUCUUCCAGUCGUUACCCGUCCAAAAUUUUUUUCUUCGAUUGUUUCAAUGGUUUAUUCUUGUCAUUAUUGAAGUUCUAAAUCAUUUUAGUUUGGAACAUUGCUUAGAAGCUCUGCCUAAAGUAAGUAGACAAACAGUUUCUGCUGUUUGCGGUUUGUGUAUUGAGCUGGGUUUGUACUAUAUUUGGUUAGCACUAGGUUUUCUAGCGGUUUCUCAUCACACUAUGAACCAAAAACACAGUAGCAGUACUUUUAACCUUAAAACAGUUGUAAAAUUUUAUGCUGCCCUCUUAUUCAUCAAUUUAGUUGUCCCGGUAAAAAGGUUUUUAAAACCAUCACGUUUGCUGAGCUAUUAUUUAAAUUCUUUAUCUUAA